CAUAUUAUUAGUAGCAGUGAAUGAGAGUGGCGGCGGAAGGCAGAAAGCAGAGAGAAAAAUGGCGGUUCCGGGGAGAGGGAGGCGAAAUGGUGUGAUGGAGGAAGACGAGAACGAAGAUGAGAACGCUCUUUUCGAAGAAGAUGGGGUGAUGGAGCUUGAAUCCUUUACGCCUCCUCAUCUCCAAGCCCUAGCCUCUGCCUCUGAGCUCGGCGACGUUCACGCUCUCCGUCUCGCUCUUGAUAACUUAGAAGGCAGCAUUGAUCAACCAGUGGAAGAUGGGGACACAGCUCUCCAUCUGGCCUGUCUCUAUGGGCACCUUUCCUGUGUCCAGUUAAUUCUGGAAAGAGGAGCGAACUUGGAGGCCCAGGAUGAAGAUGGGGCGAUUCCUCUACAUGAUGCUUGUGCUGGGGGAUAUACGGAGAUAGUUCAACUUCUAAUUAAUAGUGCUAACAGCACAGAGAGCCUAAAAAGGAUGCUAGAAUCAGUUGAUGCAGAGGGUGAUACUCCUCUCCAUCAUGCAGCGAGAGGUGAACAUGCGGAUGUUAUAAGAUUGUUGCUGGCUUCGGGAGCUUCUCCAACAAAAGCAAACCUGUAUGGAAAGAUGCCCAGUGAGCUGCCGGAUCUAGACUCAGAAGCUAGGAGAAUUUUGGAAGAAGCUGCUAGUGCUGCUGUUGUGUAGCUGAAAAUAGUUUUUGUUUAUGGCACUCUAGCCGCUUAUGGUUUUCUUAUUUUAUUAAGAAUAACAUUGAAAAAUGUCAUUAUUAGUUAUAAAAAUGACAGUUGAGGAUGUGUAAAGAACAAACUUUUGAAUAUACGGGAGAUUUAAAAGUUAAUAUAUAUUGUUUUUAAUAAUUA